CACAACCAACUGCGCAUGCAAACAGACAAAAACAAAAGCGGGCUGGCUUCCCUGGCCUCCGUCGUAUAUAACCCCGGCCUGCCCCGGUCACCUCCUUCCGCCCAAGCAAGCGUGCCGAGGCACACCACCCGAGCGCGCACGCACGCACUCUCCACCUCCCAGGAGCAAGAGCAACGGCGGCCGUGCCACGCGUGCGCGAGCAUACGCAUGGGUGAAGAGGCCGCCUCCACCGCGGCGCCGGCGUCGCUCUCGUCGUCGUCGUCGUCGUCGUCGUCGUCGCUGCUGGCCGCGGCGGCCGUGAAGGGGGACGAGGAGCGGUACGUCAAGGUGGCGUCGAGGUUCUUCCGGGUGAGGCCGGGCGGUCUGGCCCGCCGCCACCACUUCCUCGACUCCUGCUUCCUCUGCAAGGCGAGCAUCUCCCGCGACCGCGACAUCUUCAUGUACAAGGGCGACGAGGCGUUCUGCGGCGAGGAGUGCAGGCAGGAGCAGAUGGCCAUGGACGAGGCGCUCCACGCGGUGGCGCGCCGGCGCCACAAGCAGGUCACGGCCGAGCAGGCCGCCAGCACCGCGCGCCGCGAGGCGACGGCGGCGUCCAUGGCGCACCGCCGGCCCACCGUCGCCAACCUCGGCGCGGUGGCGCGCACACCCGUGGCCGCCAGCUAGCCACACAUGCUCGUCGGCGCGCGUGAGCAGCUGCCGGCUACGUAUGCACCAUGGAUCUAGUACUAUAUUCCAUGGCUAGAUCGCUAGGUGGCUAAGAAACGGACUGAUCAUAACGGCGGUUCGACCGAUCGAAUGCUAGCAAACAAGCAAGGAGGGGAGAGAUGUAUAGCUAUUAAGACAUGGAUCUCAAGAAUGUUUUCCUGCGUGUGUUAUUAUUGCUUCCCGCGCAUGCUCUAAGUGGAUCAUCAAAUCUAGGAGUACAUGCGAUGCUAAUAUAGGAUGGAUCAUCGAUCCAGCUGGGUUUAUCUGAGCAUGUGUUUUUCUUCUCAAUGCAUGAUAUUGAUAUUACCCUGCUUCAA